UUACCUAAAUGGGGGAUGCAGAAAGUGCCCUUCCUUCAUCCAAGAAGAGAGUAGCUGGUAGACAACUCUCUAAGGAUGAUCCUGAUCCAGAUGAUGAUGCUCCUGAGCCAGAGAUGGGGACUUUUCAAAGAGCCACCGAGGUGAUGGCAACCAGAAAAAUUGUCAAGGUCCGGCGCCAUCAACCUGCAUCAUCUGCUGGUUCCAAUCUUGCUGUUAUUCGCUUGGUUCCUCCAACCAGUUCUGGUGCACAAACAACUAGCCCUGCCGAUCAGCCUCAAAUGGGUGCUGAUUACAACAGUCUCAGAAGAUCAAAAACAGUAAUAAUGAAAAGAUUGAAAAAUCUGGUGAUGAAGAUAAGGAAACUGAAAGUGGAGCUGCAGUGAAUGAAUAGAGGGGACAGCAGAGAAUAACAGGAAGUCAGCAGAAGACAUUAAUGAAGUGUCGGCAGCUAAGAGUUGAUGAAACAGGAGAGAAUCACCAGGAAGUCAGCAGAAGACAUUACUGAUAUGUCAGCAGCUAAGAGUGAUGAAAAGGUUCAAAACUGAUACAGUGGAAGAGGGUCAAUCAGCCACUGGAAAUGGGUAAGGAAGUGCAAAAUGGAGGAAAAGAAGCCAAAAGGGAAUCCCGAGAAGUAGCAGGUGAGGAAGAUGGGGAAGAAACUGAGAAGAAAGCUGGAAGUGAAAUGGAUAAGGCGGUUGGAGAUGAGACUGAGAAGAAAAGCAGGAAAAUGACCAUAAAGAUGCAACUAUGCCAGCUGGAUCUUUUAGCUCAUUUCAACAGUUGUCUAGUAGCCAAAAUGCAUUUACAGGGCUUGCAGGAACUGGCUUUUCGAACUCUUCAUUUUCUUUUGGGUUCAAUUGCUUAAAACAGGAUCUGCAUUUGGUGCAAGUUCUGGAUCUCUCUUUGGGCUUACAAACAAUGGGAGUUCUUCCUCAUCAUUGCCUGGUACGCACCAGAUGCUUCUAAAAAGCGGCAGACUUUCCAUGCAGGAGGUGCCUGUUGAAACAGGUGAAGAGAAUGAGAAGGCACUGUUCACUGGUGAUGCUAUAUUAUAUGAGUAUUUAGAUGGAGGGUGGAAGGAAAGGGGAAAGGGAGAGCUUAAAGUGAACAUCUCUAUUGCUGAUGGUGAAAAGGCAAGGCUUAUUAUGAGGGCUAGGGGGAACUACAGACUAUCCUGAAUGCAAGCCUUUACCCAGAUAUGUCGCUUACUAAUAUGGAUAAAAGAGGCAUAACUUUUGCUUGUGUCAAUAGUGUUGGGAGAAGGAAAGAAUGCACUCACCACAUUUGCUCUGAAAUUCAAGGACAGUAGUAUUGUGGAAGAGUUUCGAGGAGUGGUCACAGCACACAAAGGAAACAAGACCCCUGUACUGAAGACACCUGAGAUUCCCCCAAGGCAAUCUGAUGAGUGAAAUGAUAGAUGCCUCUUCAAAAAAGCUAAUUUCCUGGAAUUUCCUUCUUGAAUUUUGUUAUGUCUUGGUUAAGAUGUCCCCAUUAUGUGAUCAAGCUUUAAAAUGUAGGGCCAAAAACUUGUUUAGUUAAAGUACAGUCCUUUGACAGAAUGGUUCAUCUUUUUAUGUAAUUCUAGAAGAGGACCUCAAGUCAUGGUUCCUGUUGUUGUGUAGUUGCAUUAUCAUCGACUUUUUAUCUUGCCAUAAGCUCAUAAUAUCUGCUAUUUUAAA